CUGUGGUGCGACAGGCAUAUCGGACAGAACAAUGAAACGGCAAGUACUGUUGUUAAUCUCCAUCUUCUGCCUCAGUUCUGCGAUCGGGCAGGUCAGCUAUUCAAUUCCGGAGGAAAUGGCAAAAGGAUCUUUGGUCGGUAACAUAGCUCAAGAUUUAGGUUUAGAUGUCAAACGACUUAAGACAGGCAAAGGUCGUAUUUAUACGGGAGACAGUGUUCAGUAUAUCGAGCUGAAUAAAGAAAGAGGAGUCCUCCUUGUUAAAGAAAAAAUAGACCGCGAAGUGCUCUGCAGACAGACAACGCCUUGCGCUUUGCAUUUUCAAAUUACGUUAGAAAACCCACUCGAAUUAUUUCCAGUUACUGUAGAAAUUACCGAUACUAAUGACAACGCUCCAGUUUUCCAAAAGCAGGAGAGGAGGUUUGAAAUAAGCGAGUCUGCAGUCAUCGGCUCUAAGUUCAUGCUAGAGAAAGCGAUUGACCCUGAUAUCGGACAGAAUGGUCUUCAGAGAUACACUCUAAAGCCGAGUGAGAAUUUUGUGCUUAAACUGCACACUCAAGCUGAUGGAAGCAAAAAGGUAGAAAUGAUUUUACAAAAGCCGUUGGACCGAGAGAAACAAGAACACAUAUCUUUAGUUUUGACUGCGGAGGAUGGAGGAGAACCACAAAUGACUGGAACAAUGCAUAUCCAUGUUACUGUUCUGGAUGCAAACGACAAUGCCCCUGUUUUCAGUAAACCCGUUUACAAAGCGAGCAUUACAGAAAACUCCCCAAUAGGAACACUUGUUACUAAGGUCAGUGCAUCUGAUGCAGACAAAGGCUCAAAUGGAGAGGUGACGUACGUUAUAGGGAAUAGCAUGGAUACUGUUUCAAAGUUAUUUCACAUUAACAGUGAAGGAGAUGUGAUAUUAAAUGGCCCAGUAGACUAUGAAACAGAAAGAAAUUAUCACAUCGAUAUCGAAGCGACUGAUCAAGGUGGACUCUCUGAUUCCAGUAAGAUAAUAAUUGACGUAAUUGACAUGAAUGACAAUAGCCCUAUUGUAAAUAUGAUCUCAACAUCAGGCUCAGUAGCAGAAGAUUCAGCCCACAAAACAGUAAUAGCUUUAAUUAGUGUAAAUGAUCCUGAUUCGGAAACCAAUGGGAAAGUAUACUGUGUGAUUAAUGAAAAUAUCCCAUUUGAAAUUAAAUUUACAUCAAAUAAUUUUUAUAGUUUAGUGACAGACAGUGAUUUAGACAGAGAGAGAGCCUCUGAGUAUAAUAUUACAGUGACCUGCUCUGAUGAGGGAGUGCCCUCCCUCUCCAGCAGCGUCACUCUCACCUUACAGAUCUCUGAUGUGAAUGACAACGCGCCUGUCUUUGAGAGGAGCUCAUAUGAGGCCUACAUUGUAGAAAACAACACACCAGGCCUCUCUAUAUUCACAGUGAAAGCCAGAGACGCUGACUGGAACCAGAAUGCGCGUGUUUCUUACAUACUGGAGGACUCCUCUGUUAACGGAGUGUCAGUCUCCUCAUAUGUGUCCGUUAGUGCUGAUAGUGGAGUCAUCCAUGCAGUGCGCUCUUUUGACUACGAGCAGAUCAAAGACUUCCAGUUCCGCGUCAAAGCGCAGGACGGAGGCUCCCCUCCACUCAGUAGCAACGUGACUGUGAAAAUAAUGAUCCAGGACCAGAACGACAACCCCCCUCAGGUUCUGUACCCAGUCCAGACUGGUGGCUCUCUGGUGGCUGAAAUGGUGCCUCGUUCAGCAGAUGUGGGCUAUCUGGUCACUAAAGUGGUGGCUGUUGAUGUGGACUCUGGACAGAAUGCCUGGCUCUCCUAUAAACUGCAGAAAGCCACAGACAGGGCGCUGUUUGAAGUGGCCUUACAGAAUGGAGAAAUAAGAACUAUCCGCCAAGUGACUGAUAAAGAUGCUGUGAAACAAAGACUGACUGUUAUAGUGGAGGACAACGGGCAGCCCUCUCGUUCAGCUACAGUCAUUGUUAACGUGGCGGUGGCGGACAGCUUCCCUGAAGUUCUGUUGGAGUUCACUGACUUUACACACGACAAGGAGUACAAUGACAACCUGACUUUUUACUUAGUGCUGGCUUUGGCUGUAGUUUCCUUCCUCUUCAUCACGUGUUUAGUGGUUAUUAUAUCGGUGAAAAUCUACAGAUGGAGACAGUCUCGCGUCCUGUAUCACUCCAAUCUCCCUGUGAUUCCGUAUUAUCCACCACGUUACUCAGACACUUUGGGGACAGGGACUCUCCAGCACGUGUACAACUACGAGGUGUGCAGGACGACUGACUCCAGAAAGAGUGACUGUAAGUUCGGCAGAGCUGGUAGUCAGAACGUGCUGAUAAUGGACCCCAGUUCUACAGGGACGAUGCAGCGGAUACAGAGUGAAAAGAGCAUCCUGGAUGAACCAGACUCUCCUCUAGAGGUUAGACUGCCUUGCUUGCAUUGA